AACCCUGCCGGGAUGCGGCCGCGGCUCGGGGUGUCGCCGGGCGGACCGGGGGCAGCGCGGGCCGGAGCCGGGCAAGGGGCGUCCGCCGUGGCACACGCGUACUCUUAGCGCGUCAGACCUGCCGGCGGGCCCGGGCCCUUCUGGUCGCCGAACCGCCCGCCGUCCCCUCCCCUCCACCCUUUGUGCCGCCACCGCUCCGUGUGCCAGGCUCCGCAGGACCCCGGCCGGGCGGGCCGGCCGGCCGCAGCGAGUCAGCCUCGUGUGGGCGCCGAGUGAACGGCCGAUGGCGAGGGGGCGCAGCGCGGGCUGGGGCGCUGCAGCCGGAGUCCGCGACGCGGGAGACCCGGCCCGCCUGCGCCGCAUUGUCCCGGGCCCCGCACCCCGGCUCUGAGCCGCGCCGCCGCAGCGCCCGCCCGCCCGCCCGCCGCCCGCGGGGCCAUGCGGAGGGCCGCGGGGAUGGAGGACUUCUCCGCAGAGGAAGAGGAGCCCUGGUACGACCAGCAGGACCUGGAGCAGGACUUGCAUUUGGCCGCGGAGCUGGGGAAGACGCUGCUGGAGAGGAACAAGGAGCUGGAGGAGUCCCUGCAACACAUGUAUGCCACCAACGAGGAGCAGGUGCAGGAGAUCGAGUACCUGACCAAGCAGCUGGACACGCUGCGGCACGUGAACGAGCAGCACGCCAAAGUGUACGAGCAGCUGGACCUGACGGCCCGGGACCUGGAGCUGACCAACCAGAAGCUGGUGCUGGAGAGUAAGGCCGCCCAGCAGAAGAUCCAUGGGCUGACGGAGACCAUUGAGCGUCUGCAGGCCCAGGUAGAGGAGCUGCAGGCCCAGGUGGAGCAGCUGCGGGGCCUGGAGCAGCUGAGGCUGCGCCGGGAGAAGCGGGAACGCAGGCGCACCAUCCACACCUUCCCCUGCCUCAAGGAGCUGUGCACCAGCCCCCGGUGCGAGGACGCCUUCCGCCUACACAGUUCCUCGCUGGAGCUGGGCCCCAGGCCCCUGGAGCAGGAGAACGAGCGCCUGCAGACCCUGGUGGGCGUCCUGCGCUCCCAGGUGAGCCAGGAGCGGCAGCGCAAGGAGCGGGCGGAGCGCGAGUUCGCGGCCGUGCUCCAGGAGUACUCGGAGCUGGAACAGCAGCUGUGCGAGAUGGAGGGCUGCCGCCUCCGCGUGCAGGAGCUGGAGGCCGAGCUGCUGGAGCUGCAGCAGAUGAAGCAGGCGAAGACCUACCUGCUGGGCCAGGAGGAUCACCUGGCCGCGGCCCUACUGGCACCCCUCACCCAGGCCCCCGAGGCCGAUGACCCCCAGCCAGGCAGCGGAGAUGAGUUCGGCGCCCAGGACGGUGUCUCCUCCCCGGGCCACUCCGUGCGCAAAAGCUGCAGCGACACGGCGCUCAACGCCAUCGUGGCCAAAGACGCUGCCAGCCGGCACGCGGGCAACCUCACGCUGCACGCCAACAGCGUGCGCAAGCGGGGCAUGUCCAUCCUGCGGGAGGUGGACGAGCAGUACCACGCGCUGCUGGAGAAGUACGAGGAGCUGCUGAGCAAGUGCCGGCAGCACCGCGCCGGGGUGCGGCAUGCUGGCGUGCAGACCUCGCGGCCCAUCUCCCGGGACAGCUCGUGGAGGGACCUGCAGGGCAGUGAGGAGGGCCAGGGCGAGGCCAGGAUGGCGGAGAAGAGCCUGAGCCAGCACGUGGAGGCCGUGGACAAGCGGCUGGAGCAGAGCCAGCCCGAGUACAAGGCGCUCUUCCAGGAGAUCUUCUCCAGAAUCCAGAAGACCAAGGCCGACAUCAACGCCACCAAGGUCAAGACCCACAGCAGCAAGUGACCCUCAGGGUCGUCCCCCCCCCCAGAGUAAGGCCAUGGGUGCCUCAUGCCUGGGCCCAGCUGCCUCUGGUGAAUGAGGGAGCCUUUUUGCGGCAAUAUAGCUCAGUGGGGGCCGCUCUCCGACCCAGGGAGCCGGUGGGGGACCCGGCUUGUCCCCUGCUGGUGUGGGAGGUGGGCAACAUGUGAACAGCCUGGCCCCCCGGGACCCUCCAUGACCCCGAGUCAGCCCAGGGCACAGCUACGAGUUACAAAGCCAAACGGCCCCGCUUCCCUUCCCCCGCUUUCUUUCCAACCCCGGACUCGUGGCCAGGCUCCUGAGAGCCGUUCUGGACCAGCUGGCUUCUUUCUAUUUUUUUUUUUCAAAGUUUAGUUUCAUUUUUUUUUUUUUGAGAGGUUUGCAAUGUAAGGUCCCCCUGACCCCUCACCACAACUGGAAACACUUGAAGGAGGACCCCAGAGCCAGCUGUGGCAGGUUCCUGGGGUCUCUUAGACCACCCACUGCUUUCCCCCAGCUGUGACACACUGUCAUUCCCCUAGCACCAGCUGUCCCACCGCCGGGGCCCUAACCGGGUCGGAGGUGGCCCCUGCCACGCAGAGCAGAACACCUCGGCCUGGCCUCAGGUGUGCCCUGCUCCGGCCCUGGUGAGGGUGGCCUUCCCCCUGGAGACCCUCGGCCCACUGCAGACCUGCAGCCAAUCCGAGGAGUGGAGCGGAGAGAGCCCCUCGGCAGCCCUACACGAGCCGUGCGCCAUUGCCCUCAGAGCCGGCCCCCUCGGGUGCCCGCCCUGGAAAUGCCUUCCAGACAUUAAGCCUUCCGGGGGUCUGGGUGGCAGGGAGCCCCCCAUCUCUGCACACCACCUGCAACUCAUCAAGUCUGGCCUCUGCCUGCCCCCACCUCAGGGACCAUAACGUGUCUCAUUCACUCCCAUGCUGGCCACGUGCUGACCUCACCACAGGUACCACCUGCUGCCCCCAGAAUGUGCCAGGCAUGUGCCACCACAAGCCAGUGGUCCCAGCUUCCACCCCUGCCCCCCUUCAAUGGGGACAGCCCAAGACCCCGCCCCAACUCUGAACAGUAUUAACACGGGACCUGGAAGGAGAGCAUGUCUCCUUCCUCCCAUAAAAUGCCUGCUCUUAACCUCCUGCUUUGGUGGGGGUGGGUCUUGAAGACCCAGCUGGGGUUCAGCCAAUUGUGAAGGCUGCAGAAAGUCCAGCUUCAACUAGGAGAGGCCAGGGUCCCCAGCUUGCCCUGAGCAACCCUGCAGGGCCACCCCCCCGCCCGUUUCCGCUGCCUGCCCACCCCAAGACCCAAGAAGUCAGAGCAGCCGCGCAGCCCGGUGAAGGCGGUGGCCCAGGCCUCUGUGCUGGGAGCCCGGGGGGCACCUUCAUGCCUUACUCGUUUCUAAGGGGUAAAGGGGUUUUCUUACUACGCACGCCUGACCUCCGCAGAGGUGCCAACCUGCUCUCCGGGCGGCACUGUGAUGACAGCUGUUGGCUGGUCCCUCGGCCACACAUCGUGGAACCCUUUGUCCUUUGGAGCCAGGCAGCUCCCGGCCCUCCAUGUGUCUCUGUCAUCUAGGGUGGAGGGGGGUGGGGUGCAUUGGGUGGGGGAGGGGCUCCUGCCUGUUCAUUUCCCAGUUCUGUAGCAGCCGACCAGCAUCCCCUUUGAUGUACACAUGAGAGAAAUAUAUUUACAAAUGCUUUAUUCUCUUCUUUAAUAAUAAAAAUAAAAUGCACCAGUAUUCUAAAAGCA